UUCUCUCGUAUGAAUUAUCUAUCAUGGAUAAGAAUAUUGCGUGAUACAUAUCUAGCGGCCAAACUAUUGUCCCCUAAAGUUCAUGAAUUCUUUACGACCACAUGUUUAAACAUUAAAUUAUGGAGAGAACGGCCUCUGAGAACAGGUUUAAUUUAGCUGUAACUAAAGUGUGUCACUGUAAAGCCGCAUUCAGAACUGUUUAGAGACUCCCGUAGAUGGUAAAUGAAUUUAGAAAAUGAAGAUCAGAAAACUGGAGAAACAGAAAAUAUCUUGUGAUUUGUGUGGAAUAAAACUCAAAAGCAUUGAUAUUCUUGAUGAACACACAAGAAUUCACGGGGAAGGGCCUCUUCUAAAAUGUGCAGAAUGUGUUCUAACGUUUACAUGUAAGUCUUAUUUGAAAGGACAUAUGAUUAUCCAUACUAGAAGAAGUACAUCUGUUUUUAAAUGUAUUGUAUGUGACAAAGUUUUUACUGCCAACCAUGACUUAAAGAGACACAUGAGAUUUCAUACUGGUGAAAAACAAUUUAAAUGUAACUUAUGUGACAAAUCAUUUGCCCAGAGAGUACAUUUAACAGAGCACACAAGAAUUCAUACCGGCGAAAGACCUUACAAUUGCAGUAUUUGUGAAAAGAAGUUUUCCCGGAAAAGUCAUGUAACUGUGCACAUGAAAUCCCAUAUAGAUGACACUCCCUACAGUUGUAAUGUAUGUGAGAAAACCUUUAAAUUCAAACAUCAAGUAGGACUGCACAUGAAAACGCACACAGGUGAAAAGCCACACAAAUGCUCUGUAUGUAAUAAAGGAUUUUUCAUGAAAGCAUACCUAAAAAGACACAUGAUCAUUCAUACAGGAGAAACCCCUUUUAAAUGUAAAAAGUGUGGAUUAGGCUUUUCUUACAGGAAUGCCCUUAAAAGACAUAUAAUGAAACAUGAAGAAGAAACUUGUGAAACAGGGAAUAAAAUAAUUGUUGAUACAGCAAAGAUGGAUGUAAUAAGCAAGUCCAGGAUUGGACAGUUUAAAAAAAUAAAAUCCAGGAAAGUGUCAAAACUUCGAAGUUCUCGAAUUAAUCAAUCGCCUGAUUCUGAAUUGGGAACAAGAACAAGAACAAGGAACAAAUCUGAACCAGAACAGGAAUUAGAUUCUGAAUCUGGACUUGAAGAAGUAUCUGAACCCAAUGCUGAACUUGAAUCUGAAUACGAUCUUCAGCCUGAAUCUGAAGCAGAAUUUAAAUCAAAAUUUGAAUCUGAAUCUGAAUCUAACUUGGUUCUUCAAUCUUCAUCUGAUUCUGAAGAAAUAAGUGAUGCGAAAACUGAAAUGGAAAAUCUGGAAACUGAAUCAGUACAUGAAUCUAAACAGUUUAAAUUGGAAUCAGAAUCAGAUUCAAAACCGAAAUCAGAAUCAGAACUGGAACCGGAAUCGGAACUGGAACCUGAACCUAUGUCUGAAUCAGAGUUGGAAUCCGAAUCUGAAUCUGAUUCUGAAUCUGAAUCUGAUUCUGAACCUGAACCUGAACCUGAACCUGAACCUAAAUCUGUUUCUGAAGCUGAAGCUGUAUCUGAAUCUGAAUCUGAAUCU